AUGCCUGACAAACCCGGAACGGUAGCCGCAUAUGCGGCCGGAGCCUCUUUGGCCGCCAUCACUUUGUUCUAUGUCUUUGGACCGAACUUCACCAUAGACGGCGACGAAUCCAGUAGUAGCGAUCGCAAGAAGGGGGUCGUUGGUCUAUCGAAUCCCGCCAAUGAUUGUUUUAUAAACUCGGUUUUGCAAGCGCUGGCCGGUCUUGGCCAGUUGCGUAUAUAUCUCAUUCGCGAACUGCACCGUCGAGAAUUGGACGGUCCAGAUGUUUAUAAUCAGCUCCCGGGGCCGGAUGAAGCGACGGGAAAGCGCAGUCUUCCGCCGGACAGGUUGCGGGAGUUACAACAGGGGACUGUGACGUUGGCGCUGAAAGAGAUGCUUGACCGUUUGAAUGAGAGGCCGAUAUAUAAGAAGACGAUAUCUGCUCGAUCGUUUAUCCAAGCGCUGGAGUUCGCGUUUCGGACGCGAAUCAGCCGCAAUCAGCAGGAUGCACAGGAGUUUCUGCAAAUAGUCGCAGAGCGGUUAUGUGAUGAGUAUCAUGCAGCGGUGAAAGCGAGACAGCGGGCACAGCGUGCGGCUGGUGCGGAUGUUGACGGAUCAUCAAUUGCGCAGGCUGAAAGUGAUGCAAAUUCUGGGGAAGUUUCUGUGCGCAUUGACGACGGUUCCAAGGACGGUCUGCCUGCGAUCAUUGACAAUAAGCUGAAAGAAAUCGAUAACGAACACGGAUUCCCGCUUGAAGGACAGCUAGAGUCACAAAUCGAAUGUCAAACCUGUCAUUAUCAGUACCGACCAAACAGGACAUCGUUUGUGAAUCUGACGCUGCAAGUUCCGCAGAAAAGCUCUGCGACGCUUAGUUCCUGCUUCGAUGGGUUGCUCAAGACUGAGUAUAUAGACGACUUUCGAUGUGACAAGUGCGGAUUGCAGCAUGCAUUGGAAACGAAAAUCAUUGCAAAAACCAAAGCCAAGUCGGCCGCUGAAAUCGAAAAACUAGAUGAGCAAAUAAGGCGAAUCCAGCACGCCGUCGACACAGAUCCAGAGCAAGGUCUAGACGGAGUAGAUCUCCCUGCUGCAGACCUCGCGCCGAAGCGUCGAAUUGCGCGGCAUAUGCGCAUCACCGUCUUUCCCAAGGUUGUCGCGAUCCAUCUGUCGCGCUCCAUCUUUGAUCAGAGCAGUUCCACCAAAAACGCGGCCAAAGUGUCGUUCCCUGAACGUUUGCCUCUGGGAGGAAUCCUCAAUCGCAAAUGGUACAAACUACUAGGCAUAGUCUGUCACAAGGGAAGCCACAACAGCGGACACUAUGAAUCUUUCCGACGAAGUCAUUUGUAUCCCCCUUUCUCCACACCAGACGUCUUUCGUUCGUACGCGGCGAGUCGAGCAGGUAGCGAGAAUCCGUCGAUUGCGGGCAGUCCACGUCUUCCGGCGACGAAAAAGGCGAAUUAUUCMCCUUCCGGCGGAGUCGAGCCUAGUCCUUUAAGUAUCUCGCCAGUCGAGUCUUCACUUUCACUUUCGAGCACGAACCAGAACAAUCCGCCAUCAUCGACAUCAACCCCGUCCACAGCCCAAACAGCAUCAUCAUUCUCAUCAUCCUCAUCCCAAGAAACCGCUAAUCCGCCCCGUUCAUCGCUGCAAUUACAACCAUCCGUCAAUCAAAGUCAAGACAAUCUUCCCCGCCGCAGCUCCUCAGUCCGCUUAGGAACUCCAAAGCUUAAUACCAGUAGCUCCGCGGGCGGCAGUGGUGGUGGUCUAAGCGCGCAACGCCUUUUACGCAGACGCAAAACGGCAGAUAGGUGGUGGCGCAUAUCCGACGAAAAAGUCAAAGAGUGCAAGACGAGUGAUGUUUUGGGGAUGCAAAAGGAGGUGUAUCUGCUAUUCUACGAGAUGGAUAGCCAGACGCCGUCGAGUUAG